GAAAUCCGAAAUCCUAAACGAAGAGAUGCGAAAUAAAAAGAAAAUUGGUGGCGCUCCAGGCAAUUGUCACACUCGGACACCGGAUCCUCCGAGACGUUCAACUAAUCCGCUCGACACUGCUUCUAGUCAUACUUAAACCGUUUUGUUUUCUAUAUUUACUACUAUUCUACUUCAUUUUUCAUCUUUUCAGAAAUAUGAAUCUGAUCUUUUUACUAUUCACUUUUCCCAUCUUCGUAGACAAUUUUUUGUUUGGUUUCGGAGGCGGUGGCGGAUGCGGAUGUGGAAGUUCCUGUGGUGGAUGUAACAUGGGAUGCUCCUGCCUACCACCUCCCCCUUCUCCAGUAUGUAUGCCACCUCCACCUCCACCGUGCCCGAUGCCAAUCCCGUGUCCACCUCCUCCGCCUGCCUGCUCGUGCCCGCCACCGGUAACCAUGUAUCAGCCCUGUAUGGUUCCUCAAUACGUUCCUCGAUGCAGUGGUGGAUGCGGAGGGUGUGGUGGUGGAUACGGUGGCGGUUACGGUGGUGGGUGUGGUCGAAGAAGACGUGCGAUCAACAAUCAGACGAUACAUUGAUAUGUACAAUGGUUUUUGCUUAUAUAACAUCUUUUCUUUCAGUCAUAACACAAAUAGUACAAAAAUAAAAUGUUAAACAUUCAAA